GGUAAGGGCGGACAAGCUCAGCUACCUUGGACCUUGUCAGGACUUGCAGCAGACAUGACGGCAAGGCCUAGAGACUAAUAGCGUGGUCUGGACAUGGGAUACUGGAGAGAGUUCACGUUCCAUAAGAGUCCAGUAGGCUGGUUGACGCCAUCAGUCGAUCCACGCCAUACCCCUGCACCCAAGUUCCCCCUAGCAGCCGAGCCAGGUAUCAAAGCCAACAGGGCCCGGUCGAGCAUCGAGCAGCAGCAGCAGCAGAGAGUGGUGGCAAUUGACUUCGCUGUCUUGAUGCUGACUGGGCGAGUACUCCAUGGGCAAGUCGUCUUCAGCUGCCGCCGUCGACCAGACAUGUCCAGUGCCCAAACGCAGGCGCAAACUCUAACCAGAAAGCCCAUGUACGUGACCGAUAGCCGCACAUAUUGUCUUUUGUGCCUUGUCAGCACAGCACAGCGCAGCGCAGCGCAGCGCAGCACCAACAGACUUGGCCAUGUCGAGACAGAAGCAAGGCAGGUUUUCGUCAAGUUCCGUGUGCCAUGCCUCCUCUUCCCUGCAGCCCGCCACGGAUUGCCGCACGAGCAAAACCUUGGACGCCACAGAUGACGGUGGUGGUGGUG